AUGGCUUCAACGAACAAACGACUCGAACAGCAUGCAAGCCCGUCGCCACCAGAUGUCAUUUGCAAGACACGAGAACAUACUCCCGGCCACAACGUCGCUACCAUAACGUUUUCUAACCCGACCAAGCUCAACGUCGCAAGCCAUCAUCUAUUACAAAAACUGAUUGACAUCUGUCAAGAUCUCAGCAAGGACGAUAAAUUACGAGCGGUCGUCUUCACGGGAGCUCCGCCACCAACCGCCAGCAAAGCACCAGCGUUUAUUGGAGGUGCAGAUAUCCAGGAACUCAGCAAGCUAUCAUCGUCCAGCCAAGCGAGGACGUAUAUCUUGCAUGUCCAUAAUGCAUGUGCCGCGAUCGCAGCCUUGCCUGUGCCGGUCAUCGCUCGAAUGCACGGAUUUGCUCUCGGUGCCGGGCUGGAACUCAUGAGUUCGUGUGAUUUAAAGCUUGCCACAAAAGUGAGCAAGUUUGGCAUGCCAGAAGCCAAGAUUGGGCUGCCAUCUGUCGUGGAAGCUGCUCUAUUCCCAAGCUUGAUCGGAGCCGGACGAACAAAGCGUCUUGUCUAUCUCGCCGAAAUCCUCUCCGCAGAUACAGCUGAGGACUGGGGGCUGAUUGAACGAGUGGUUGAUGAUGUGCCGGCGCUGGAUAGAGCUGUUGAUGAGUGGGUAGGGAUGAUUGUGAAGAUGGGUCCUGGUUGCAUGAGGCUUCAGAAGAGGCUUGUUAAGAAGUGGGAGAAUUCGACGUUACAGGAAGGUAUCUGGGCGGGUGUAGAGGCUUUGGAGGAGACUUAUGCGGAUGGAGGGAAGGAGGCGAAGGAAUAUAUGAAGCCGUUGCUGAAGUGA